GCAAACCAGCAGAGAAGUUGAAACUGCUGUAGCAGAGGCAUCAUCGAACGCAACAUGAGAGUUUACCACUUGCUGCUGAUUGGAUUAGCUUUGGCGGCCAUCGCCGGCGGCCGUGAGGCUCUGGCACAGCCACCCAGGGCCGAAACCCCACCAUGUACUCCUCCCCCGGAUCCGUGCACAACAACAACAUGUCCACCACCUCCACCUCCACCUCCACCGUGCACAACAACAACAUGUCCACCACCUCCACCUCCACCGUGCACAACAACAACAUGUCCACCACCUCCACCGUGCACAACAACAACAUGUCCACCACCUCCACCGUGCACAACAACAACAUGUCCACCACCUCCACCGUGCACAACAACAACAUGCCCACCACCUCCACCUCCACCGUGCAUAACAACAACAUGUCCCCCUCCUCCUCCGUGCAUAACAACCACAUGUCCCCCUCCUCCUCCGUGCAUAACAACCACAUGUCCACCUCCUCCCCCGUGCAGAACCACUACAUGUCCACCACCACCGUGCAGAACCACUACAUGUCCACCACCACCGUGCAGAACCACUACAUGUCCACCACCACCGUGCAGAACCACUACAUGUGCACCACCACCGUGCAGAACCACUACAUGUGCUCCACCCCCGUGCACCAGAAGACCACCUCCGUGCACCACCACCUGUACCCCACCCUGCACACCACCCUGCACCACAACCUGCACCCCACCGUGUCUAACGACCCCAAGCGCGGACAAAGAAGAAGAUAACAGCCAAGGGAAUGAAAAACCGAGCGAACCUGCCGCUCCCAUUAAUGCUAAGGUGCUGAUCUCGCGCCACGAUUGCCGUGGCCAAGACGACGGAACCUUCCUCGCCGACGUGCGUCACUGUCGCCGCUACUACGUGUGCAACCGGCAGAGGUCGAGGCGCCAGAACUGCCCCACCGGCUUCUGGUUCGAUCGCGAGCUGAAGGCCUGCCGACUGGCCAGUCUCGUCGGAAACUGUGACGCCAUGCGCAACUGAGGUUGCAGCUGCCAGUGUGGCCAUGCGCACAAGCAAAGCAAAUUGGCAUUUCAGAAUUUUUUUUUCCACUAUUUCAAAGAAUAUAGCAAAGCAAGUGUGAAUUAAUUGUAAACUAUUCCAAAGCAAUAAUGCAAUAUAACACCGAUUAUACAAUAAAUAAGAAUGAGCAAUCAUA